UAUAGUUUAUUCUGUAUUUUUGAUCAAAUAAAUGUAUAGCUUGAUGAUCAGUGGAGAUUUAUUUCAAAAACAUUAAAAACUUGUCUAAACUUGGCCAUUGUUAUAGACAUAUAACAUAAGAUAAAAUUUAUUAUUUACUAUGUUUAUUUAUUACCACUUACUAUUACCAGUAAAUGAAUAUCAGUGCUUAUAGUUUUUUAAAGUUGAGAGUGAAAAGAAAAAUAAAGGGGUUUCUUUUUUUUCCAAAAAACUCAAACAUUACCUUACAUAAAACUCUUUAAAAUCAAGUAUUUUAUCAAACACUAAACAUAUUUUAUAUCUAUUUUUCAUGAUCAAACUUUAUAAGCGAUAUACAGAAACACAGUUGACAAAGUUAACACGGUUGAUUGGACAUAAUAAUGGAGAAAUGACCAACAAAUUAAGAGAUCACAGGUUAUAAUUACAAUAUUUUCUGAGACGCAGGGUCCGAAUGGGUUAAACAUUAAACUGAGGGGUUGUUAAAAAAAAAAAACUACAAAUUUUGCAUGAGCCCUCUCACUUUCCGUACAAUCCUCCGCCGUGUCACGUGACUCCCCGUGACCAAUCACGCACGUUCAAUGCGUGUCAGCACACGCUUGAGCUGCUGUGUUAUUCCAGUACACGUUAGCGUUAUUUGAAUGGAAAAAUAGCGUAUACAAUGUAUUAAAGCUAUGGUCGACUGUACCGUUUUCACCUAUACUAACAAGGACUUUAUAAGUGAUGUGUGUUGCGGGCGGCAGACCAGGUCGAGAUUUGACAUCGCGCUGAGGUCCGGAUGGACAGAGAAGAGAAACGCCGGGCUGUUCCGGUAUCAUCUGGACGAUCUGGAGACGCGGAUCCUCCCCGGUCCGUGCGCCUACAUCGCUCAGCUGAACAUCAUGAGAGGAAUCGAGAGACGGAAACCUCAGGAGAUCCUGAGCGUCCGGCAGAACUUUGACCCGAAGCAGUUCAAUUUCAACAAGAUCGACCCGAAAGAGCUGCUGUUCGAGUUACAGAAAGAGUGCGAGAGCUCGCCCGACGCUAGAUGCCAUCAAAGUGGUACGAAAAGGAAAUGCAAAGUCAUCAUAAACGUGAGCCCGUUGGAAUUCGGUCACUGUCUGCUCGUGCCGGAACCGGACAGCUGUAGCCCGCAGGUACUGACGCCUUUAGCGGUCCGCAUGGGGAUAGAUUCGGUUCUGUUGAGCGCUGAUCCGGGAUUCAGAGUUGGUUUCAACAGCCUGGGUGGUUUUGCUUCGGUCAACCAUCUCCAUCUUCACGCCUACUACCUAAACCACCAGCUGAGGGUUGAGACCUCCCCGGCGGAACCCGUCCUGCUUAAAAAAAACCUGUACCGCCUUCUGGACUUCCCGGGAGGCUUUCUGUUCUACACUCGGGGCCCAGACCUGGAUUUGACAGUCGGUGCGGUUUGUAGUCUCACUGAUAUUAUGGUCGAUAGGAACAUCGCCCACAACCUCUUCAUCACCCGAGGAUGCCCUCCACGGAGGGAGCGUGACCCGUCUGUGUCCCGGGACGGGGUGAGGGUUAUCGUGUGGCCCCGGCUGUCCUGUUUCGGGGCCAAAGAAGAGUCGGCCUUCAACGUGGCCCUGUGUGAACUCGCCGGACACCUCCCUUUCAAAAACAGAGAAGACUUCGAGACGGUCACUGAGGACGGAGUCCAAGAAACUGUCCGGAAAUAUCUGCUGCCCCAAGAAGAGUUCGGUGAAUUGCAAAAGCAUGUCAUGAAAUGUUUAUGAACGACACCGGCGCAGAUCAAGAUAUCCUUCCCUAAAAUAAGGGUUUCAGAACAGUAUUAUUAUUUGUGGCAAUGCACAUUUUAAAUUUACGUGUGUAUAAACUAUAUAUUUCUUCAUAUAUAUGGUAUAAAAUAAUUUGUGUAUAUGCAAUAUGGUCUACAAAUAACAGUAAUGUAAAAUAAAAACAAAGUGCAAUCUACUUUUAUUGUUUUUGUAGUUUAAGUAUAACUACAAAAAAAACUAUAUACAACCUGUCGUGCUGUCACACCUUCUCACCUUUCGAUUUUAAUUUUUUUGCAAUAAAAACUAAAAUAUUUAAAUCGAA